AUGUUCUCUCUCCUCCGCAAACCCAUUCCCCUUUUCUUCCCCUCACAAAGACUAUUCCAUCUCUCUCCUCUCCUCCGCAACUUUCAACAUUCCAAUUCCAAACCUCCUUCCCCCGACCUCCUCGACCGCAUCUCCCGCCUCCUCCUCCUACGGCGCCCCGCCGCCCUCAACCGCCUCCCCUUCCCCCUCUCCGACCCCCUCAUCGACGCCAUCCUCCGCCGCCUCCGCCUCCACCCCUCCGCCGCACUCGCUUUCUUCGACCUCGCCGCCCAAGACCCCCACUACCGCCCCCACUCCACCUCCUUCUGCCUCCUCCUCCACAUCCUCGCUCGUGCCAAACUCUUCCCGCAAGCCCGCUCCCUCCUCCACCAACUCCUCUCCCUCCACUGCACCAAUAACUUCCGCGCCUUUGCCGUCUGCCGCGAUGUCGUUUCCAUCUACAAGGAAUUCGGCUUCUCCCCCACUGUCCUCGACAUGCUCCUCAAGGCUUUCGCUGAACGGGGCAUGACCCGCCACGCACUCCACGUGUUCGACGAAAUGGGUAGGCUCGCCAGGACCCCCAGCCUCAGGUCCUGUAACUGUCUUCUCGCUAGGCUGGUUCGCGCCGGAGAAGGAGGCGCCGCACUGAUGGUUUUUCAGCAGGUUUUGAAGAUGGGGAUUGUGCCUGAUGUUUUCAUGAUUAGUAUUGUUGUGAACGCGCAUUGUCGGGAAGGAAGUGUGGAUUGUGCUGAGAAGUUUGUGAUGAAGAUGGAGGGAAUGGGGUUUGAGGUUAAUGUUGUUGUGUACAAUGCUUUGGUUGGAGGGUAUGCUUGUAAGGGUGAUGUGGGAGAAGCUGAGAGGGUGCUGGGUUUGAUGUCUAGGAAAGAGGUUGAGAGGAAUGUGGUUACUUGGACAUUGUUGAUGAAAGGUUACUGCAGGCAGGGAAGGGCGGAUGAGGCGGAGAGGUUGCUACGGAGAAUGGAGGAGGAUGAGAUGAUGGUUGUGGAUGAUCGCGUGUAUGGCGUGCUGGUGGACGGAUAUUGUCAGGUGGGGAGGAUGGACGAUGCAGUUAGGAUUCGAGAUGAGAUGGCGAGGGUGGGAUUGAGGGUGAAUGUGUUUGUUUGUAAUUCGUUGGUUAAUGGGUAUUGUAAGCAGGGCCGGGUUGGUGAGGCCGAAGAGGUGUUUAGGAGGAUGGUGGAUUGGAAUGUGAGACCGGAUUGUUAUAGCUAUAAUACGCUGUUGGAUGGGUUCUGCAGGGAAGGGAGAAUGAGUGAGGCUUUGAUGCUUUGCCAGGAAAUGUUAAGGGAGGGAAUUGAUCCUUCUGUUGUGACCUAUAACACGAUUCUCAAAGGGUUGGUUGAUGUGGGGUCUUAUGUUGAUGCUUUGAGCCUUUGGCAUAAGAUGGUGAAACGAGAUGUGGUGCCGAAUGAAGUCAGCUAUUGUACUCUGCUUGAUUGUUUUUUCAAAAUGGGAGAUUCUGACGGGGCUAUGAAGCUUUGGAAAGAGAUUUUAGGCCGGGGUUUUACUAAUAGCACUGUUGCAUUCAAUACAAUGAUUGGUGGGUUGUGUAAGAUGGGGAAAGUGGUGGAGGCAAAGAUUGUUUUUGAUAGGAUGAAGGAACUCGGAUGCUCACCAGAUGAAGUAACAUUUAGGACUUUGAGUGAUGGAUAUUGUAAAUCUGGAAGUGUUGUCGAAGCUUUUAGUAUUAAAGAUAUGAUGGAAAGACAGACAAUUUCUCCUUCUAUUGAAAUGUACAAUUCCCUUAUUAAUGGGCUUUUUAAUUCUAGGAAGUUAACUGAUGUUGCUGAUCUUCUUGUUGAGAUGCGGACAAGAGGACUGUCAUCCAAUGCUGUUACCUAUGGUACGCUUAUUUGUGGUUGGUGCAAUGAAGGAAAGCUGGAUAAAGCUUUUAAUUUAUAUUUUGAGAUGAUCGAAGGAGGGUUCUCUCCUAACUUGGUGAUCUGUAGCAAAAUAAUCAGCAGUCUUUAUAAGAAUGAUAGAAUCAAUGAAGCAACUGUGAUCCUAGACAGGAUGGUGGAUUUUGAUCUGCUUACAGUUCAUAAAUGUUCCGAUAAGUCUGUUAAAAACGAUUUCUUAAGUCUAGAAGCUCAGAGAAUUGCAGAUUCUCUAGAUAAAAGUGCUAUAUGUAAUUCUCUUCCCAACAAUAUUGUGUACAACAUCGCUAUCUAUGGUCUUGGCAAGUCUGGGAAGAUUGAUGAAGCAAGACAUGUUCUGUCAAUUAUGUUGUCUAGAGGUUUUCUUCCAGACAAUUUCACGUAUGGUGCCUUAAUUCAUGCCUGUUCAGCUGCUGGUGAUGUGGAUGGUGCUUUCAACUUAAGGAAUGAGAUGCUGGAGAGAGGUCUUAUUCCAAAUAUUACGACAUACAAUGCAUUAAUAAAUGGGUUAUGUAAAUUGGGAAAUAUGGAUCGAGCACUGAGACUUUUCCUUAAACUUCCUCAGAAGGGCUUAGUUCCAAAUGUUGUUACCUAUAAUAUACUAAUCAGUGGUUACUGUAGGAUUGGGGACCUUAAUAAAGCCGCUAACUUGAGAGAGAAGAUGAUAGAAGAAGGGAUUUCUUGA